GGUCUAUUAAAGAAGCAGAGCCAUUUCUUGAUAAGUUAAAUUAUGAUUGUUAUCUUCAGAAAACAAGAUUAGAGGAAUUUUUUCUCUGCUUACUUAUGUCACUUGAAAUUAGGUGUGAAAAUCAAGCCCCUCAUUGGACAAAGAUUGAAGAAAGAAUACUUGCAUUAGACCCAGGUGUUGGAACAUUUCUUGAAAACAAAAAUUUCUAG